AUGGCGGCGAGCGUGCGCAACACCGCCAUCAAGCGCAUCCAGGGCGAUGUGCGCGAGAUGAUGACCAACCCCAGCGACCAGUACGCGGCGGCGCCGCUCGAGACCAACAUGUUCGACUGGCACUUCACGCUGCGCGGGCCGCGCGACACCGAGUUCGAGGGCGGCAUCUACCACGGCCGCAUCAUCCUGCCGUCCGACUACCCGUUCAAGCCGCCCAACAUCAUGCUGCUCACGCCUAAUGGCCGCUUUGAGGUGAAGAAGAAGAUCUGUCUCAGUAUCUCGGCCUACCACCCGGAGGAAUGGCAGCCUGCGUGGGGCGUGCGGCUCAUCCUGGAGGCGCUCAUCAGCUUCAUGCCCACCAAGGGCGAGGGCGCUAUCGGCGCGCUGGACUUCCCUGCGGAAGAGCGGAAGCGACUCGCAAAGCUGUCUGUUGACUACAAGUGCGAGACUUGUGGGCGCGUUGCCGACUUGCUGCCCGAGUUGGAGACGGAGGAUGGAGAAGAGACCGAGAAGAAGCCGUCCAAGUACGCCGAACAGAUCGCUCAGCUGCACAUGCACAGCCUGGAGACUGCGCCGCCUGCUAGUGCGGCGAAGGACACAAAGGAAGCGGCAAAGACUGAAGCACCACCAGCAGCGGAAGAAGUAGAAGCGCCUGCAGUGGACGAUCUUCAGGAGGAUCUAGACGCGCCGUUUGUUGUUGAUGGCAUUCCUCAAGUGCGCGAGUCGGACAGUGUGGACACGUUCCUGCACUAUCUGACAGUUGCCAUCGUUGUUGCGCUCUUUGCGUUGAUCUACAAGAAACUCCUGCAGGCGCAUGGUGUGCUGCAGUAA